AUGUCUUUGCGCAACAAAGUCCUUUCGAGACAAGAAAUCAAGCAGCAGGUUCAUUCAUCCCCACCACAGACCAUGACGCCUCGCCAUCCAAAGCGAGAGUCUCAGGCCCCUGAGGCCCAACAAGCCAUUGAGAUUAUAGACCCAAAGGCCACAUUUGGCAACUGCGAUCUCGAGCUUCUGAAGUCAGGCGCUCACUCUGAUGUUCGAGUCUGCUGUGGAAACCGCGAGUUCCCCUGCCACCGCGCCAUCCUAGCUGCCCGCUCAGGCUUUUUCAAGGAGAAGCUUGAGGAGCUCAAGCACAACCAGGAUACAAAGGAGCACAGCGCCGUCCCUGUCCUAGUUGUCCCUACCCACACCUGUGUCGAAGUCGAAAUGGUUCUCAUCUUUAUCUACGCUGGCGGUUUGUCCUCUUACCUUCCUUCCUUCUUUCUUCCUGGCUUCAUUUCGCUGACAUUUCUUCCACGACCAGAGAUCGAUCCCAAGUCGGACGAUGAGCCCUCCUUUCCCGUCUCCUGCGUCCGCAUCUACAACCUCGGCCACGACUUCGCCGUCACAGGCAUGGCCGACUUCGCCACCAACGAGCUGGGCAACUACCUCUCUGCAGCCCUCAAGAUGAUCUGCGACUAUCGCCUGUCCCACGCCACCCUCUCCAACGGCCGCAGCGAGAUCCAGGACCGCCUGCGCUGCAACAACUUCGUCACCAACUUCCUGUCGGGCAUCGAGGCUGCUGCGGACGCCCACCGCCGAGGCACCCGCGACGAGCGCCUGCGCCCCUUCCAGAUGCUCGUCGACUUCUUCAUCGCCGGCAAGGAGGUCCUCCUCCGCGAGCCCGAGCUGGAGCUGUUCCUGGACGGCGACGUCGUGCCCUCCUUCGCCAAGGUUGUCCUGCUGACCGAGCGCAAGGGCGGUGCCAAGAGCAAGUGGAUGAAGAACUUGGUCGCGAAGCCCCCCUCCACCCUGGCGGGCAAGAAGGGCCUAUGCUGGGAGUGCGGCUGCGGCUUGAAGAACCUGAAGGAGACGGGCGGCAUUGCUUUUGUCAACCCCAAGAGCCGUGAGGUGACGUACGGCCAGGCUCAGUGCGCGCGCUGUUCCGACAAGGAGAAGAACAUGGGCGAUGAUGGCCUUCCCAAGUGGGAGGUGUUUGAUCCUCGCAAGGACUGA